AAGUUCCAACUUUGCGUUCUCUUUUUCUUUUGACUCUCUUUCUGCCAGGAUGUGUUAUUAUCUUGAUUUCCCAGUAAAGUUUAUAUCGUUCUCUUUUCCCCGUGGAAUGAAUCGGCAAAACUUCUUCCGCAAUUUUCUGAGCUAGAGUUGGCUGGAAAUUCGGGGCAUUGUGAGAAACCAUAUACAUACAUGCACACAUAAAAAGGGUCCGAAGAGAAUGUGUUUCGCAGAAUUAUAGCUUGUAGUGCUUUGUCCUCUAACAAAAAGAUUUAAGACAAUAUGAUAAGGGAGGGCGACUUGCUAUGUUAAAUUGACCUCACUUUGUCUCAGAUUAGGAAAGUUUGAACUUCUUCUCUUUAGGAAUCCCUGGGGUUGAAUUAAUACGUAAGACGUCCAAUGAAGUUGUUCUUUUUUGUCCUUUUGAGAGGGUAAAAGAAGGCAUUGAUAAACUAUCCAACGCCGGCCACCUGAUUGUCUUCUGUCCGAGGGAUUGAAGUACAAUUAGAGGUAAACGAUGGCAUGUAAGGGUUUCUGGGAGUGCCUUUUGAGACUUCUGAACUUCUUGAUGACGCUUGUUGGUCUGGCAAUUGUGGGCUAUGGAAUCUAUUUGUUAGUUGAAUAUGAAAGAGCUAAGGACAACACUCUGACUGUUGCUCCUAUCAGUGAUGAUCGUGCUCUGAUUCAACUUGGUCGACCCAUGUUAAUGUCGGUGUCUUUAUCAAAUAGUAUAUUUGAUAACUUGCCCAAGGCUUGGUUUAUUUACUUGUUCAUUGGCAUUGGAGCAAUUCUCUUUGUCAUUUCUUGUUUUGGUUGUAUUGGAGCUGUGACAAGGAAUGUCUGCUGCCUGAGCUUUUAUUCAGCUUUGGUAGCACUGUUGAUUUUGGCUGAACUGGGAUGUGCUGCCUUUAUAUUCUUUGACAAAAGCUGGAAAGAAGAAAUUCCUGCAGACAUAACUGGAGAUUUUGAUAUGAUAUAUAAAUUUCUGAAAGAAAACUGGAAUGUUGCAAAAUGGGUUGCACUUGGAAUUUUAACCUUUGAGGCCCUUCUUUUCUUGUUAGCUAUUAUUGUUAGGGCUGUAAAUAGGCCUGCAGAGUAUGACAGUGAUGAUGAGUUCAUUGCUUCUAGGCCUCAGAUCCGGCAGCCAUUGCUCAACAGACCAGCAGAUCUAGCAACAGGUGUACCAAUUGCAGGGACGCUUGACCAACGUUCAAGCAGAAAUGAUGCUUGGAGCGCACGGAUGAGGGAGAAGUAUGGACUUGAUACUUCGGAAUUUACAUAUAACCCAUCAGAGCCACAGAGAUCGCAGCAAGUAAACUCACAGCCAACUGAAGAAAGGAGCCGCUGCACUAUCAUGUGAUCACACAUUCGUGCAUUGCAGUUCAAAGCAAAGAGGAUUGACUUUGGAGGAUUGUUUUUGUGGACCCAUGGGGUUGAUUCCAGAAUUUCAUCAGAAAAGUCAUUUUCUGUUUUGUUGAGUUCGUGUACAACUAACAUUUUUCUGUCCCCGACGAACUUUUGCUUUCCAAUUGGUGUGUAAUAUUGUGUUAAUAUGAAAACUGUGUUGUUGCUUUUGUUCAUGGAUCGGAAGAAUAAUGAGGUCGUUAUCAUGAUAAUGAUGAUGUCAUUUUGCUGGGAGCCAAUGCUUUACAUUUGUUCUCUCUCCAACGGGUCUUUGUAAACUAUUGCUGGAUGUAUAUGCUAGCAAUUCAGUCAUGCUUGAUUUCUGCCAUAAAUGUUUCCUUAAGUAACAAGAUUUGGAAUUUCAGAAUAAUUUUACUAUUUUACGAGA